AUGGGCACGAGAGGGCCUGGGUCGUUCUGCUCCGCGCCGGCCUCGACUGACGAGGCUGAGCGUUCAGGCGACGCGGAGCUCCCGAGCCAGGACUUCCCGGCACCCCCUUCCGGUUCCGAGGCCGCGGCUCCGCCCGCUGCACCGCCCGCUGCGCCCGCUUCUCGGCGGGGCCAGGAGGAGCUGGUGACUUUUGAGGACGUGGCUGUGGACUUGAGCCCGGAGGAACUGAGCUGCCUCAGCGCCCCUCAGAGGACCCUGUACCGGGAGGUGAUGCUGGAGAACUACAGGAACCUGGUCUCGCUGGGACGCCCGUUCCCCAAACCCGACGUGAUCUCGCGGCUGGAGGCGGCGGCGGAGGGGCGGCGGCUGGAGGAGGAGGACGGUGCCACGGCCCAGGGCCCUGACUCGCGGGCUCCACCCCUCCUGGGCUCCGAGCUCCCCCCGCAGCGGGAGCCCCUCAGCCCACCGGGGCCCGGCUCCUCCCCGGCCUCCCGUGUUCCGCGCCCGCCGGGGCUGCUCUUCCUGCGCGCCGGGCGAGGCGAGGCCGAGGCGCUUCUGCCCCCGCGCCCCCGUGUCCCCUCUGCCGGCUGCUCGGCCGCCGACCCCCAGGCUCCCUGCCCGCGCCCUUCACCCCCUGCGCUGGGCUCUCCCGUCUCUCGCUGUCUCUCUCCUGUGGCUCCCGCACGAGAACCUUCUGGAGUCUCCAAAGUCGCGGCUGUAACACGACGACGCGACCCUCUCGCCGGCCGGGCCAGAGGGCGUCAGGGUGGCCCGGCGGGAGGCCUCGCUGGGGGAGCCUGGACGGCCGAGAGGGGCGUGGGGCGGAAGUCCCAGGGGGAGGGGGACGGGGGGGUGUGGGGGGGGCAGUGGACGCGCCCCGGGGUCCGUGAGCUCCUUCAGGAGCCGGAAGAGGAGCGGCUCGGGCCGCCUGCGGGGCCCCGUGUGAGGCGACGGGCCCUGCCCGGGGUGGCCACGGACCUCCGCGGUGGGGCCGGCAGCGCCCCGCCCGGCCACGGCCGGCCGUCCUCGGCACCAGUGCGCCAGGUGGGCCCCGUGCCUUCGCCCAGCCCUCCCGCCCCCUUCCCGGGCCCCCCGUUGGGCUGCAGAGCCCGAGCCUCCCCGCGCCCCCCACUGUCGGCGCCCUCCCGUGUUUCUGCGGCGGGUCCUGGGGACGACAGGAGUUCUCCGCUUCUUCCAGGCGAGGUGGGCGCCGGGGAGCAGACGCCGUCCUGGGAGGAGUCGGGCGCGGGCGGCGCGGAGGGCAGCGAGGUGGGCCGGGCCGGCGGGGAGCCGGCCCCGGAGGGGGCCCCGGAGUUGCGCCCGGCCAGUCUGCGCAGUCCUGCGGCGGUGAGUGACCCGCGGACCCUGCCCCGGGGAAGGAACUGCGAUGGCGGGGACUCAGCGGGGCCCCUCGGGAAGGGCCGGACCGCCGGUGUCCCCCCCGGUCCCCGGGCCCUGGACGGCGCGGCCGUGCUCCCCGACAGCAGGCCUGGCAGGCGUGGGCUGUGCCCGCGAACCUUCAUCGCCCCCGCGGCCCAGGCGGGGCACGAGCAGGUGCGCACGGGGCCGCGGCCCUUGGCACCUGGGGGGUGCGGGCAGGCCUUCCUCCUCAAGCCGCAGCUCGCCGCGCACCAGCAGGCCGGCUGCCGCAGGGGCACCCCGGGGCGCGCGCCUCCCGCCCCGCAGGCCGGCCGCCUUGUCAGGGUCCCCGGCCCGAGGGACGGCAGCGUGUGCGCCCAGGGCCGCUCGGCGCUCCUCCCCGAGGGGCCCCUCGCCCGGCACCUGCGGGCCCAUGAGGCCGGCGCCGGCCCCCCCGGGCUGCCCCGCGGCAGGACCUUCGCCAUCCGCUACCGGCGGCCGCAGGACAGCGCGGGCGAGCGGGCCCACGAGUGCUGUGACUGCGGCCGCACCUUCGCCCGGCGCGCACACCUGGCGCAGCACCACCGCGUGCACACGCGCGACAGGCCCUGCCAGUGCCAGCUGUGCGGGCGCUGCUUCAGCCGCCCCUCCAACCUCACCCAGCACUACCAGCUGCACUCCCAGGGCAAGACCCGGACAGGCCUGGCCCCGGGCGGGGGCGCGCGGCAGCCGCUUGGCUUUGCCCUUCCCAGCGGAAUCCGUGGCGGGGCGCGCCCAGCAGGCAACCUGGCCGCCGAGCUUUUGCGGGAGAGCCCGCGUGACUGGGGGCGUCUGCGGCGCGGGGCGCGUUGGGGGGCGCUGAGGCUGGCUGCACCGUCCCCGCGGGCUGGCGAGCUGGCGGCGCUUCCGGGGCGCCUGGGGCUCCCGCGCCUGACGCGGCGUCUCGGGGAAGGCCUGACCCGGGCAGGGUGUUGGUUCCGUCCCGCAGGUGAAGCGCGUGAGACUCCGGGCCGCCCGCGGGCCCGCCUGGGUCGAGCCGCGGAGGAGGCCGUGGACACCGAGGGCUGUCGCCGCCGCCUCUGGAGACCGCUCGGGCCGCGGAGAGCCGGCCACGCGCGGUGUCGGCCUCAGAAGUGCCCCGCGGGGCAGCCGCUCCUCCGCGGGCUGAGCGCGAGCCGAGGCCCUCGGGGACGCGAACUCGGGCGCGUGUGCGCUGAGCCCGGCGUGCCGGGCCCCGAGGGCGGAGCGCGGUACCCGCCAGGGGAGUCCGGUCGUUCUCCGUCACCGUCGGCGGGGCUCGUCCUUCUUCCUUUCCAAAGCCUGUUUCCAAGCAGCCCGGGGUCUUCUCGGGCGGCGCGAGCUCGGCCGCUUCGCCUCCGCCCCGCGCGGCAGCUCCCUUCUCCCGCAGAGGGGCGCGUCCCGGGUGGCGCCGGGGCCCCUGCCCGCUGCGUCCCGCGUCGUCGCCAGGCUGGCCGUCCCGGGCUUGGACGGGGCCCAGCGGCCGCCCGGGCCUCCCACAGCCGGACCCCUCGCGGGGGGCUGGGGCGCCGCUGUUUCCUCACCGCCCCGCUUCUCACGGCGCCUGCCCGAGGUGACCCCGGGGUGGGUCCCAGCCGGGAAACGAGAAGGACGCGGCUCCCUGGACGCUGCCGCCCCGCGGGGCUCUCGUCCGUGGCUCACGCGGUCCCCGAGGGACUCCCCGCUGCCCGCUCCCGCCGCGGCCCGGCCCUGCCGCUGCGAACUGGGGUCCGGUCCUGCGGCCGCCGGCCCCUCGCUGUCCCGCGGCCCCUGGGGACCCGCCUCGCGCCGCCGCUGCGGUUCUCUGCGGGGCGCCGCGGCCGACUGCCCCGGGCUCACGGAGAACCUGCGGCCUCGGAGGCCACGCCGGUGUCCCGGUCUCCCGCGCCUGCCGCGCUCCCGGCGCCGGCCUGGCCUCCGGGGCUGCUCCUCGCCGUGCUGUCCUGA